AUGAAUUAUUUUUUGAGGAUUACUAGCACUGUCACAAUAGUGUUGAUAUGCACAUAUUAUGUAAAUUGUUCUGGAAUACUUUGGGAAACUCCACCGACAACCCCUGCAGAAAAGAGGAGAAUACACGUGAGGACUGCAAAAGUUAUGCCUUUCCCAACUACCACAAAAAGUGUACAACCAAUCAUAGUAACAGAAAAGAAACCCAAACGGGAAGAGAUAAAACAACUCAAAGUAAUUUGUACAGAAAGUGAGAAGGUUAUUAAAUGCUAUUAUAUAAGUAGAGGAAACAGUAUUCACCAUUUCAGUGGGAAAACUUUGUGGUCAAUGUGUAUUUUAAACUUCGUCUAUUUAGUGUUAUCAAGAUAUUUUUGA